AUGAGGAGUAUGUAUUCUAAAGCAUAUGAGAAAGGUCAUGUUGCAUUAUUGAGAUUGCGUGCAGAAUCAAUAUCAGAUUAUGAGGAAUUAGAUAAAAUUUAUUUCUAUCCUCAAUUAUCAGAACCAAAAUAUAUUUGUUAUAUAGGCAAAUUCAAAAAUGAUUAUUCCGUUAAUGAUAAUAGUUCUGAAACUGAAAAGAAGAAUGAAGAAAUUAAUAUUAAUCAACUUAAAGAGAUAAAUAGUAAGAUUAAUAAAUUACUUGAUGCAAUCAUUACAGCUGAUUGCUAA